UUAUUUUGAACAAAAUCACCUCACAAGUACUUUUUACAAUUUACUAUUUUGUACUUGAUGGAAAAAUGAAUAAAUAUUAAAUAGAGAAAAUUGGUGACCACUAUUAUACUAAUAAAAAAUUAAAACAUGUUAUUUUUUUUCAAACGAGAAUAUAUUCAUAUUAAAUAUUCAAAUAUAAUAAUAAUCAGGUAUUUUAUUAAUUGUAAGUACCUAAGUAUAUGAUAUACAUUUUUAAUUCGAAAAAUUUAACUUUGUACAAUUAAUAAUGGAACAUAUUGGUACUUAGCAGUUAUAUAUUAUUUUAUGUUAAUAAAUUAAUGGUAAAUAAAAUUUCCUAUUUUUAUUUCUUACAUAUUAUGUAUUUUUAAAGUUUGAAUAAAAACAUUUUUAGCUAAAAAAUUAUUUAAUCUUCUCAUAAUACACAAGCUAUAGUUACUUAUUCAACUAUCAACAUACAUAUGUAUUAACAUUUACUUUAUUGUCUUCCCACCAAGUUAAUAAAAGUAAAUAUUUUAUCAAAUACCAUUAUUGAUAUUUUUUUUCAGAUUUGUAAACUAAAAUAAGAAGAAUAAUUAUUGAUAAAUUAUGUUGCAUGAAUAUUCAAAUCCUCAUAUUGAAAAAUGAAAAAUCCGACUCUGUUAAUUGUGAGUGUAUCAUUAUUGACCAUAAGAUUAUGUCAUCUAUACAUUGUUCGUUCGUGGUAUGUACCAGAUGAAUACUGGCAGUCCUUAGAGAUUGCUCAUUAUAUUACUUUUGGUUUUGGUUAUCGCACCUGGGAAUGGAUAGUCGGUAUAAGAAGCUAUAUAUCUAUUUCUUGGAUUGUAAUUGUGUACAAGACAUUGCAAUUUUUCUCCAUGGAUACUGUACAACUUUUAAUAUGGACUCCACGCUUUCUACAAACACUUUUUUCAACAUUCUCAGAUUAUUGUUUUGUGCGGUGGAUACAAAAACACUCUAAAUGUUCAAAUAUAUUUUGGUCAGUUGUAUGUUAUAUGUCAUGUCCAUUUUUUGCCUACUGUUCAACGCGUACUUUGGUAAAUACCUUAGAAACAAAUUUGACAACAAUAGCUUUGUAUUAUUAUCCAUGGUCUUUGAAAAAUAAAGAUGUAAAAUUUUUAUGGAUAGUUGCAUUUGUUUGUAUAAUGCGACCAACUGCAAUAAUAGUAUGGCUACCAUUGAUUAUGUUUGAUUUUUUUGCUCAUAAACGUUACAGUGUAAUUCAUCUAACAAGAUAUAUUUUUAUCGGUUUUAUGGCACUUUCAUUUUCGAUAAUGUUAGACAGUUACCUACACGGUUCUUUUGUUAUUACACAGUGGAACUUCUUGUACUAUAAUAUUUUUAAAAAAAUCAACACUCAUUAUUCAAUCCAACAUUGGUUUUGGUAUUUCAUCAUCGGAUUACCACCAUUAUUGGGACCUAUAUUUUUAAUAUUCGCCUAUACGGCUUUUAAAAAUUUAAAACAUAUCAAUCGAAUUGAUACUGACAUCAAAUUGAUAAUUACAAUAUUAUGGACUCUAUUAGUGUUUAGUAUGAUAUCUCAUAAGGAACAAAGAUUUUUAUUGCCAUUAAUUCCAAUGAUAUUCUUUGUUACAUCACAACAAAUUUUUAUAGUUUGUAAUUUGUUUAGAAAAUUAGCGUAUUUCAUUAUUAUACUGAAUACCAUAGUAUUGAUUUAUUUGGGACGAUAUCAUCAAAUAGGAUCUACUAGUGUUAUGUAUCAUUUAGCUGCUAUACCACAAAAUUCAACGUUAUUAUUUCUUAUGCCAUGCCAUUCAACUCCACUUUACAGUCAUCUCCAUUCGAAUAUAACCACAAGAAUUUUAACAUGUGAACCAAACCUACAUGAUACAUCUAAUUAUACAGAUGAAGCAGAUAUUUUUUUUGAAAAUCCAAUAAAAUGGCUUGAAGAGUCAUAUUCGUCAUCUAAAAUUGGUAGAAAAUUACCAACAUAUAUAGUCAUGUUUGAUAUACUAUCAAACAAAUUGCAAACAUUUUUAUCAGAUAGAAACUACAAGAAUAUUUUAUCAAUGUUUCACACUGACUUUCCGUCCCACAGAACUGGAAAAUACAUACAUGUAUACACAAAUAACAUAUUAUAAACCCAAUCAGAAUAUAAAUUUUAAAGUCAUGUUUUACAUAGCCACAUAAGAGAUCUCUAGUAUUUAUGGUUAUAUCUAGCUUUUUAAUGUAUAUAUUUAAUUGCGGUUAACAUUUAAUUUUGUAUAACAUAAAACUACUUUAUAUAAUAUAAUAUGUUAUACUUAAUAUAAAUUACC